AUGGGUCAAAAGGUGACCAAGGCGGAUUUCACCUGGUCAUACGACGAGGAGCCACACGCCAGCAGGCGUGUAAAGAAUGCUAAGAAAUAUCCACAAAUCAAGGAUCUGUUUGGACAAGAUCCAGCGUUCAAAGUGGUCGUGAUAUGUAUGGUACUGGCACAGAUUGGUUUUGCUUGGCUGCUCAGAGGUAUGAUCUAUGCUCUAUGUGGUAUCUGUGUUUUUAUGAUUGUUACCCUCCCCAACUGA